GCAAAACGGCAUGUCUUUGUCUUCGUGCGUGGGAAUAUCUCGUAUCGUCCGCUCUUCUCCUGAACUGCAUUCUUUGCGGGACGUUUCUUCUCUCAGUUUUCUUUCCAGCUCAACGACCGGUCGCAAUACAGAGAUAGAGGUAGAGGUAGAGUUGGAAAAAGCAGAGACUAUAGCCAGCUUAGAUGUGGGCAAUCAUGGUUCUGCUUUUAUGGAGAUCAAGGUGAGUCGAUCAGAUAGAGACUUCAUCAAUCUGCUGCCGUCUGUCACGUUGAUGAGUCCUGCUGAUAGCAAGUUAGGAUUUCGAAAAACAGGGAGACGAAAAUUUGGAACAUCUGCCUUGUCUAAGGCUGCACUGAGUCAGAAAUGGGAUCGAGUUCUGAUUAUCUGUCGACAGCCAUUUAAGCCAUCAGAACCGUUUGGUUUAGCAUUUCUGUAUCUCUAUACAACAGACUGCACUUCUCCUAACUUUAUAUCUCCGAUUUGCUCGACUCCAAAGUCCAAGUCAUACACGUCACUGUCUCUUGUACCCCAAAAAGACAAACUGGUGAAACUGAAGAGGAAGCAGCCUUUCUCACUUCAGCAUCGUUUGCCCUCUUUAAAGGCUGCCACUACUCUUCCUUCUUCUGAUCUCACAAAACCAGGGAAAGCGAGAUCUCUAAAGAGAAAACCGAUGAGCCUGACAGAAAGGAAUGCAAAGAAGUUAGGAGAGAGUUAUGAGUGUGAUAACGAUGAUGGCAUCUUAAUGAGAUCAAAAGUCGUGAAACAGAAAAUUGAAGCACAAGAACUGGAAGCAGUGAAACCAAAGUCUGCUUAUGAGGCAGUCUACAAGGCAUUAAAUGAUGCACAUGCAUUGGAUAUGAUGCCUAAUGGAAUCAAUGAAGAUAAUAUUGAGAUCUCAGAUGGCAAUUUUAUGGAGGAGUUAGAUACAAGUGUUGAGUCUUACGAAACGGGAUAUGGCAGGACGGCAAAUGGCGAACGUUGUGAUGAGAAGCAGUCGGUUGAUGGCUUGGGCUGCUAUCAACGACGCAGAUUUUUGGGAUUGAAUGGAAUGAGCUGCAAGAGAGAGGACUCGGAAGUGGACUUUACCAAGUCUUAUACUGACAAAAAGGCGACGGACAAAGAAAUGCUGUGCAACAUGAUGUCGCAUGUUCGAUCAACAGAAUCGAGGAUAGAAAACAUAACACGAAGGUAUGCAAAGCUAGAUAGGAGACGACAACACUCUAACGAACGAAAGCGACCCGAUACAACAAGCAAGACAAAGAUUUUCCAACGUAACAAAGCAAAGGCAAUUCAAGGUGGAGAGUCGGGUGUUGCCGUAUUUAGUGGCUUUGACAUUUCACGACAGAACAAUCAGGACAAAGAGAACAAAGGUGGGACGAUGUCUCACAUUGGAGUGUGGGUUCACCGCAGGCAAACAGAGACUGAGUUUGAGGUGGAGUCUAAGCUCUUUGUUGCUACUCUUGACUUCAAAACAAUCGACUUGGACAUAGUCACAUUUGGUGACAUCAGGAUGCAGUUUGAAGCGACAAGAGGCUCACCGCUAGUUUCUAAACAUCAGAAGAAGGUUUUCCUCAAGAUUGUAGAACAAGCAGUUGAUGAUGUAACAAAUUAGUAAUGUCAUACAUAUGCCUGGAUUUUUUAAACGUGCACCUAGAUGACGGCAUAAUAGACAAAUGCAUUUCCUUCUGUAAUUGUACUGUGGGAUGGUUAACACGGUAAAGUACGCGACAUGGUCACGGGAAGUGUCAGAGCAUUUCCC